AUGGCGCCCGUCACGAUCCCCAUCGUGCACUUCAACGAUGUGUACCGCGUACGCCAGGUCGACAAGAAGACGGGCGGCCGCAUCGGCGCCGACCAGUUUGCCGCCAAGAUUGCAAAGAUCCGCCAGAGCUGGGGCGAGCCAGACGACCUCGCCAACCUACCGCCACCAAAGACGUCGGACGACGAGCGGCAGGUGCGCGACUGGACCGACCAUGCCACCAAGCGCCAGCGAAAGGGGCUCGUCCUCUUCUCGGGCGACCUCUACAGCCCCAGCGUCGAGAGCAGCGUCACCAGAGGCACCCACCUCGUCCCCGUCAUCAAUGCCAUGAACCUCGACUGCGCCUGCCUCGGCAACCACGACUGGGACUUUGGCUACCCGCAUCUCCAGACCCUCAUGGCCCAGAACAACUUCCCCUGGCUCUUUUCCAACGUCGUCGACGCCGGCAGCGACGACAAGAAGCAGCCCUGGGAUGAGGACCCCGGCGACGACGACGCCCAGGUACCCGGCACCCUCCAGAGCUGGACCACCACCGUCGCCGGCGUCAAGGUCGGCUGCAUCGGCAUCGUGGAGAAGGAGUGGAUCGCUACAGUCCCCUCGUUUCCGCCCAGCUUCGUCUACCGCAAUAUGGCCAAGACGGCCCUCAGGCUCUCUGAGAAGCUGCGCGACCCGCAGGGUGAGGCGUGCGAGCUCGUCAUCGCCAUCACCCACAGCCGCCUGCCCAACGACAUCGACUUUGCCAACGCCGUCGGUGCCGUGGCCAAUGCGGACGCCAGCCAGCACGGUGUCGACCUCGUGCUCGGAGGCCACGACCACGUCUACUACGUCGGCAACGGCGCAGCUGCCUACGAGGGCGACGACUUCAGCCGCGGAGAGCCAGGCACCGAAAAGGACAAGGGCGCCAUGGUGGUCAAGAGCGGGACCGACUUUCGCGACCUCAGCGAGCUCAAGCUGGAGCUGAGCGACCGCGACGACACCAAGGUGCGCCGCCGCACGAUCCAGCGCCUGACGGUCAAGCGGUACCGCGCCUCGCCCGACGACCCGACCUCGCCCGAGCUCGCGGGCAUGCUCGACGAGCUGCUCAGCAAGGUGUCGCAGUCGACGGGCCAGGCCGUGGCCCACACCAUCACGCCCUGGGACGUGCGGUCGGAAAAGGUGCGCACCGACGAGUCGGCCAUCGGCGACUUUGUGGCCGAUGUGCUCAUGGAGUCGUACGAGGACCUGCUGCGCGAGAGGGACAACCGCGGCGAGCUCGAAGAGUCGCGCCCGCCCGAGGUGCGCGAGGUCGACUGCUGCAUCAUCUGCGGCGGCAGCCUCCGCGGCGACCAGGUGUACGGCCCGGGCAAGAUUGCCCUUUCGGACGUGCUCGAGAUUAUGCCGUUCGAGGACGCUGUCGUCUGCAAGGAGCUCAAGGGACAGGACAUCUGGGACGCGCUGGAAAACGGGCUGGGCAUGUACCCUAAGCAGGAGGGCCGCUUCCCGCAGGUGGCCGGCAUCAAGGUGCAGUGGGACAGCCGCAAGCCGCCGGGCAAGCGCCUCAGGGAGGGCGAGGGCGGGUACAGCGUGACGAUCCACCGGCCCGCGCUCCGGAUCCGCGGCCCGCUCGAGAUGGACAAGACGUACCGCGUCGUCACGCGCGAGUACCUCGCCGAGGGCUACGACGGCUUCGAGGCGCUCAAGCGGGGCCGCGAGGUCGUGGACCACGAAAAUGGCCAGCUCAUGUCGGCCAUCGUGCGCAGGUUCCUGCUCGGCGCAUCGUACAUCUGGCGCAUGAAGCAGAUCCGACAGUUACCCACCAACGGCGGCGGCGGCGGUGGCGGGCCUGGCAAGGCGGAGUCGGCUGCCGAUGGCGACGUGACCAUGGAGGAUAUCGGGGCCCAGGCUGCGGCCACUGGCAGGGACGAGGAGAAGACGCUCUCGAAGAGGACAAAGGAGGCCAUCCUGCGCGCGCGCGCUCUGGGCCUGCUGCAGAAGGGCGCCAAGCACGGCCACGCCGACGCCAUCGAGGGACAGGACAACGCCGCCACGCCGCGCAAGAAGCCCGGCGUCGGCGCGGGAGAGCGCUUCGAGAUGAUUGUCGACCAGAGUCCCGGGGGCUUCCGGGAUGCGCUGCACAUUGGCGGGUCGGAGCACCACUCGGCGUACGAUCCGGUCUCGAAGCGCUUCGCCAGCGCCUCGGCCAGCAGCGGUCGCCAAGGUGCGAGACGGCAGCCGCUGCCGCGCACCUCGACGGGCGCGCACCUCCCCACGUCGCCCAUUCCGGCGUCUAAGCGGCCCAAGGUGGCGAGGGCGCAGUCGGAGCAUGCCCGUCGUGGAGAGGGCAGUGGCAUCGACGACGACGACGACGACGACGAUGGCGGAGAGGACGGGGACAAGUCGUUGGAAGCCGAUGGGGCGGCCAAGGACCUCUUUGAUCCGAGCGACGCGCCGACGCUCCUCGCACGCAUCCGCCACCUGUGCAACCUGCUGGAGCAGGUAGGCGGCAAAGAUGGACGCCUUGCCGUGCCCGCCGAAUCGAGCAGCGCAGACGACACCACCACCACCACCACCACCGGCACCAGUGGCGGCGGCGGCGGCGAGGCGCAGCAGGCGACGGAGGCGCACGACGAGACGUCGGGCAUCGUGCUGGGCGCGACGACCGAGGACGACAUGACGUACAUCCCGACGCUGUCGGCGCACAGCGCCAAGACGCACCCGACGCCGCUCUCGGACGCCAUCGUGUCCGAGACGCGGUCGAUCCGCUCGACGCUGCUGCGUCUCCGCGCCGCGGCCGACCGGCUCGAGGAUGGCGAGAUGAACGGACGCGAGCAGGACGAGACGAUCGAGAUGCUCCGGUCGUACCUCGACAAACAGGCCGAACUGGCCAGCCGCUUUGGCGCCACCGCCCAGCAGCAGGGGGGAGGAGAGGGAGGGAGGGGCGGGUGCGUCAAUGUGGAUGUCGAGGUGGAUGAGGAGGAUGUGGAGAGGUUCAGAGAGGCGAGCGAUGAACUCGCCGUCAUCUCACCGCUCGUCGAUGGUCGACUGGUCGAUCUGGCGCGGCAGUGA